AUGGAUUCUGUUGUGUUGAAGGUGAAAUCAAAAUCCAAAUCAAGGUUUGUGGAGGUAACUGAUAAUGUAGAGAAGUCACCAUGUGGAAGAUACACACGGAGCAAUGAUAUAUUGGGUUCAGGAGCUUUCAAGGAUGUGUAUAAAGGGUUUGAUCAUGUUAAUGGAAUAGAGGUUGCUUGGAAUCAGAUUUGUGUCGAUCAAGACGAUGUUUUCCGGUCACCGGAAAAUCAAGAACGUCUAUGUUCGGAGGCUCUCUUGCUGCAAUCAUUGAAACAUGAGAAUAUUGUGAAGUGCUUCUGCAAUUGGGUUGAUCACAAAACCAAUACCGUAAACAUCAUCACCGAGUUCUGUAGUUUUGGGAGCUUGAGACAGUGCAGAAAAAGGAAUCAGAGUGUUGAUAUGAAGGCCAUAAAAAACUGGGCAAUUCAGAUUCUUCAAGGUUUGCACUAUCUCCAUAGUCACAAUCCUCCAAUCAUUCACAGAGACAUAAAGUCCGAUAACAUUUUGGUCAAUGGGGAUAACGGAGAGGUUAAAAUCGGAGAUUUUGGGUUGGCCACCGUCAUGCAGGACGGUCCGGUGCAAACCGUCGUUGGAACGCCGCAGUUCAUGGCGCCGGAGUUUUAUGACGAGGAAUACAAUGAACUUGUGGACAUAUAUGCUUUUGGGAUGUGCAUGUUGGAGUUGAUUACUGGUGAGUACCCUUAUACUGAAUGUGAAAAUCAAUUACAGAUAUUCAAGAAAGUUGUGUCUGGUAUAAAACCUGUUGCUUUUGGGAAAGUGGUGGAUACCCAAUUGAAGGAGUUCAUCGAGAAGUGUUUGGUUCAUGCUUCUGAGAGAUUAUCUGCGGUGGAGCUCUUGAAAGAUCCGUUUCUUUCAUCUGAAAAACUUGAUGGGUAUUUACUUGAAUCUUUGGAGAUACCCCCAAGUGAUAAGCUUAGUUUCAAUUCUAUGAUCUCCAUGGUCAUAGACCCAAGCUCGUACGAGGAUUGUUCUGCAGUUCACAAUGACUUAAAAUCAUUGGGGUGUUCUGAACAUAGCGCUGAAGAUUCGUGUGUCUCAUCUGUUAGUCAUUUACAGUGUUUAAGAUCCGUUAAAAAGGACUCCGAGGUGUGCUUUGCUGAUUCAUGUGCUGCCAUAGCUAAGCACUUGAGCUUGAGGGUGUCUUGUUUAUCAGUGGAGGAUAGAGAAGAAGAGGAAGAUGAGUGCUAUGGGUUGAAAAUGGAGCUCGAUGCUAUGGAUAUACAGAAUCUGUGUUGUUUUCGCCCGCUAAUCUUGAGGGUGUGA